AGAAACUCAACAAUUGAUCUUUCAUUGUUUUGCUCUUUUAUUGCGAAGAGUGCGCUUAUCGAGUGAUUGAAAAAUGUUUUUUGAUUCUGGCGAUUAUCGACCCUUGCCUUCACCCUUGGGGGCGAGAUUUGAUGGAUGUGCGGGAUUCGUGAAUCCAAACAAUUUGGAUCAUUUUAGAUUUUGCGGCAAGAAAAAAGGCCUCUUGGAGCAGGAUGAACCCGCACAGAGUGGAUUUGGAAAAUCCAUCUUGGAAAAUCAUAUUAAUCCUGCUUAUAAACAGGCUUUGGAGAAGAUUCAGCCAUUUUACCAGACUUCAUGUGAUUGUUUUAACAGUGAGCGAUUGGUUGAAGAUAAGGAGGACCAUGGAUUGAAUAAUAGCAUUAUGGUUCCCCCAACAAAGAUUAAAAUGGAUAAAGACUUCAGAAAGCAAGAGGAUAGCACGGAAAAUAGUUUUGGAUAUAAUAUUGGAUAUGCUAUUGGAUAUACUAUUGGAUGUGCUAUUAGAGAUAAAAAGGCAUUGAAAAAAGCCGGAUCUUUCUUCAAGGCAGCAUGGAAACCAGUCAAGAGAUCAGCGCAAAAAGUGUGGAAAAACAUGAAGACUGGAGAAACUGAAUACGUUCAGUUUGAAUAAGGAUCUCUUUUUCUCCAUCAUUGAAUCAAGUAUAGGAUUUAUCUGCUUGAUUUCGUCCGAGUUCGUCUCGGAUUUUAGAAGAAAUUUAGAGAUUUUCAUCUCUAUGCAUUGUACAUAUACUGUUUUCUUAACUUUCUGCAUUUCAAAACAUCCAAAAAGAAUUUAAACUGUAAAAAUAACAAAAAAGAUUUGAGGUCAAAAAUAAAAAAAACUUUAAUAAAAGUUAAAAGAAUUAAAAUAAUACAA